CUUCCUUCUCAUAAUUCAUCAUGUUGUUGUUGCCUUCAUCUUCCUCAUCUAUACGGAGAAAGAAAUACGAUGUUUUCUUGAGUUUUAGAGGCGAAGACGCUCGCAAGAACUUUACGGAUCAUCUCUACGGUGCUCUGAGACGGAGCAGUAUUGUCACUUUCAGGAAUGAUCUUAAGCUGGAGGCCGGUGAGGAGAUCGCAUCGGAACUUUUUAAAGCCAUUCAACAAUCGUAUUGCUCGGUAAUCGUUUUAUCUGAAACCUAUGUCUCUUCCGGUUGGUGCUUGAAGGAGCUCGCCGAGAUUGUUAAACAAAAAAACGAGACGGGUCAUAAAAUAUUCCCAAUUUUCUACGAUGUGGAUCCAUCUUAUUUAAGGAAACAGAAAGAGAAAAUCGAAGAAGCAUUUGUUAAACACGCAGAAAGAUACAAGGAAGAUAAAAACAAGAUCUCAAGGUGGCGAAAUGCUUUGACUCAAGUAGCUAACAUCAAAGGAUGGCAUUUAAAUAACAGAAAUGAAUCGGAGUUUAUAGGCGACAUUGUUAGAAAAUUAUCAGCAAAAUUAUGUCAGACAUAUCCAAUUGUUCAUGAUGAAUUGGUUGGAAUUAGAUCACGCUUAGAAGAGUUGUAUUCGAAAAUAGAGAUCGGAGAAGAUGACGUCCGGAUUAUUGGAAUCUGUGGAAUGGGCGGCAUCGGUAAAACAACUCUGGCAAGAGUUGUUUACGAUCAAAUGUCAUCUCAUUUUGAAGGUAAGUGCUUCAUUGCUGAUGUACGAGAGGCUUCUGAUAAAUUCGGACUUGUUUCUCUACAAAAACAACUUCUUUCCCAGAUCUUGUUUGAUGAAGGUAUUGAAUUUUUCAAUGUUAUGGAAGGAAACGCCAAAAUUAGCCACAGAUUGUCUCACAAAAAGGUCCUUGUUGUUAUCGAUGAUGUCGAUAAUUUACAACACUUGAAAUGCUUGGUUGGAAGACAUGAUUGGUUCGGUUCAGGGAGCAGGAUCAUUGUAACAACAAGAGAUGAACAUUUGCUCCAAGCUUACCGAGUAGAUGAAGUGUAUAAACCUACAACAUUGAAUGACAAUGAUGCACUUCGGCUUUUCGAUCUGAAAGCUUUUGAUAGUGAGACAGUGCCAAAUGAUGUUUUCAUUGAGCUUUCUGAACAUGUUGUGAAAUACGCCGGUGGUCUCCCCUUAGCUGUUGAAGUUUUGGGUUCUUUUUUGUGCGGCAGAGAUGUAGCUCAGUGGAGAAGUGCAAUCCAAAGACUUGAAAAGGAUUCUAACAAAGAAAUUAUCGACAGGCUCCGAAUCAGCUUUGAUGGAUUGGAAGAAAGUGAGAAGAAUAUAUUUCUGGAUAUAGCAUGCUUCUUUAAUGGGGACGAGAAAGAUUUCGUGAUGAAAGUAUUGGAUGGUUGUGGUUUUUCCCCGGAUAUUGGAAUCGAUGUUCUCAUCAAGAAGUCUCUUCUAACCUUUAGUGAAAACAACAAAUUGUGGAUGCAUAACUUGCUACAAGAAAUGGGAAGAAAAAUUGUUCGGGAAAAAUCUAGUGAGGAACCUGGAAAACGUUGUAGAUUGUGGGAGGAAGAAGAUGUCUAUCAUGUGCUAACCAGAAACUCUGCUACCGAAGUGAUUGAAGGCAUGAUCAUUGACAAUAAGAGGGAACCGACCAAGAUGCUCAACUUGAAUGUUGAUGCCGUCUCGAAGAUGAAAAAAAUGAGAUUGCUCAAUGUCCUUUGCCUCUCAAAUUGUAAUGAACUCACAUAUCUUCCAGAUGAGCUACGGCUUUUAGAUUGGAUGGGAUAUCCUUUUAGAUUCUUACCUCCAAGCUUCCAACCAGACAACCUUGUUGCACUUCUGUUACCAUACAGCCACAUUGAACAACUAUGGAAGGCAAAUACACCCCUGUAUAAACUGAAAGUGCUCAACCUCAAAGGGUCCAAAAACCUUAUCAAGACACCGGACUUUACAACAUCCCCAAAUCUGGAAACUUUGAUAUUUGAGGGUUGUAUAAGGAUAGUAGAUGUUCAUCCAUCGAUUGGAAUUCUUUCGAAGCUUAAACAUUUGAAUUUAAGAUGUUGCAAAAGGCUUAGGAAUUUGCCGGUGAAUUUGCAGCAAGUAGAGUUGUUGGAAGAGCUUGACUUAAGUGAAACAGCCAUAGAAAAACCACCAUCCUUCAUUUUUCAACUUAAAAAUCUUAAAGUCUUGUCUUUGAAUAGGCUUAAGGGACCAUCAUCUAAGUUAGGACCAAAUCUACCGUCUCUUCUCCGCAUAUUCCAGGGAAGAAGGAUCGAGUCUGUGCCUCUGAUGUUACAUUCAUUGUCGGGUUUGAGUUCAUUAAGAGAGCUGAAAUUAAGGAACUGCAAUCUUCGUGAAGGAGAUAUUCCUAGUGAUAUUUCUUGUUUAUCCUAUCUGGAAAAACUUGAUCUUGGCGGUAACAAUUUCAUCACUGUACCUGUGUUUAUUAGUGGACUUUUGAGGCUUCAAUACCUUGGAUUGUCGAAUUGCAGGGAGCUUAAAUCGUUUCCUCAGCCUCUAAUAUAUCCAUCAAAUGUUUGCACUGCAGUGGCUUGGUAUCGGUUUAAUGGCCUUCAUUGCUACAGAUUGAUUGAGAAUAUCAAUGCAUUAAUGUUGCUGAAAAAACAUAUCAGGGAAAUUGCAUAUUCAAUAAAAGGUUUUGAUGUUGUUAUACCUGGGAGUGAAAUUCCCGAAUGGUUCAACCAUCAAACAGUUGACUCUUCAAUCAAGAUACCACUGCCUAACAAUAUUCGGAAUGGUAGUCGAUGGAUCGGAGUUGUUUUCUGCUGCAUUUUUGUUAAUGACGAUGCUUCGAGGGAUGAUGAGGAACUCACGUGGGAAGCUGUCAUCCGCCGUAGAAAUUCACAAGCUGGUGAUGGAUCUUUUUUUCAGGGUAGAAAUCAUCGACGUAUCACAAGGGGCGGCUGGAUUUUUAGUAAAGAACAUAUCCAGCCAAUAAUAAAGGACCACAUUUAUCUUACUUAUUUGUCUUAUGACUCGUUAUAUCCAUCUUACUUGGAGGAUACAUGUGGUGAAAGUGAAAUUCAAAAUUCACCUACAACAGAUUGCUCAAAUGAGAUAUUGGAUGAACUUGAAUUGUCAAUCACAUCCGAUGAUUGUGCCAAAUGUGUUAAGGUGAAGAAAUGGGGGGUUCGAGUAUUGUAUCAGAAAGAUUUGGAAGAUAACAAUGAUGGAUCAAUGGCUAAUUCUUCCCUUAAAAAGCGAAAAUGUAAUGCCUAUGAAGAGAUGGACCCCGGACCACAACCAAAAAGGAUGGAAAAGUUUCUCAAUUUUAUAACAGGGAAGAAGAAUUAAUAUGCAUACAUAUAUAAAAUUUUGCAUUGUCAUGAUGAAAUGCAGGUGCUAUCUAAAGUUGUGUGAUUUCCCAUUGAACUCUCUGGUUGAAGAAGAGGAUCACACAUUAAAAACUGCCUCUGAGAAAAAGGAAAUGGAGAAGCAAAGAGAGACUGGACGAGCUAAGAAAGUAUAUCAGCUUGUUUUGAUUAUUUUUGGUAAUAUCUCUUUGAAGAUUUUAGGAGGCAGAGGAGAAAAAUGUGGCUAUGUCGACCAAGUCCUGGAUAUUCGAAAGGCACUACUCAGAGCCCUGGGAGAGCUGUUUGAUCUGCAUUUACAAACAAAAGAGCUCUGUAUUUCUGAGAAGGCCUUUCGAGGCUAUCAGGGAGUUGCAAUUGGAUUACAGGCAUGGUUAAAAGGCCAAUUGUCUCCGUCUUAUCACCACGUUGUGAUGAAGGGAAACAAGGAUGAAGGAAAUAUUAUCAGCUUGAGACAAAGAUGUCUGGCACAAAAUUGGAUUGCACCAUGAAGAAGCAAUCUUUGUCGGAGCAGGUGCAACUGAAGUCGUGGCUACAACCGGAAUCAUGGACGGCAAGUUCUCGUCUGGUCGCGGUAAACUACAUUCAGGUGGAUUGCAUUUUCUUGGACUUUGCUCGAGUCUCGUUUUUGAAGCCAAGCUGAAAGAGUUAACAUCUUUGUUCAUCAAACUUCAGGGAUAUUAUAUAUUUAUAUGUCCUCCACACAGGGAACUAAUUAGAAUUAGGGUAAAGUACUCAAAUGGUCCCUUG